AGUCACUGACAGUGCUCGCUAGUGUCAUCAAGUCCGCUGUCAAUUGUUUUUUUUAGUAAAAACUCGUGGUUUUCCGGAUUUUCUCGAUUUAAAUCGGGAAAUCACAGUUAUUUGUUUUGUAUAAACUUAUCUUAAUUGUGCUACGUGACUUCGAGAUCUAACGAAGCCGAUCAAAGUACCAUGGCGGGUACAAACAAUCCUUACGCUAAUCUGCUGAAGAGCAUCGAUAUAAACGGAAAAACUUACAAAUACUUCGAUAUAACAUCACUUGGUAAUAAAUAUGACCGUCUACCGUACAGCAUCAGAGUACUGCUGGAGUCGUGCGUCCGCAACUGCGACAACUUCCAGGUGUUGCAGAAGGAUGUGCAGAACGUGCUGGAUUGGGAGACUAACCAGCAGGUGGAGGGCGGAGUGGAAAUAGCUUUCAAACCCGCCAGGGUUAUAUUACAGGACCUCACAGGUGUACCGGCUGUAGUAGACUUCGCUGCAAUGCGUGAUGCCGUCAAAGACCUUGGCGGCGAUCCUCAUAAGAUCAACCCGAUAUGUCCAGCUGAUCUGGUAAUUGAUCACUCUGUGCAAGUGGACUUCGCUAGAUCACCUGAUGCGUUGAACAAAAACCAAGAAUUAGAAUUCGAAAGGAACAAAGAAAGAUUCCAAUUCUUAAAAUGGGGUGCUCAAGCAUUCGAUAAUAUGUUGAUAGUACCGCCUGGGUCCGGAAUAGUACACCAGGUGAACUUGGAGUAUCUAGCUCGCGUGGUCUUCACUAACGACGUGUUGCAUCCGGACUCUGUGGUGGGGACAGACAGUCACACAACUAUGAUCAAUGGUCUAGGAGUCGUCGGCUGGGGAGUAGGAGGCAUCGAAGCGGAGGCUGUUAUGUUGGGUCAAGCUAUCAGUAUGCUACUACCCAAAGUUGUGGGAUACAAAUUAGUCGGUGAACUUAAUCCGAUGGCCACAUCUACUGACCUAGUACUCACUAUUACUAAGCACCUUCGCUCGCUCGGCGUAGUCGGGAAAUUCGUUGAAUUCUUCGGCCCCGGCGUGUCUGGUUUGAGUAUCGCUGACCGGGCUACGGUUGCCAACAUGUGUCCAGAAUUCGGCGCGACUGUCGCUUACUUCCCCGUAGAUGAGAGAUCGCUGCAAUACUUGAGUCAAACGAAUCGUCCAGACGACAAAAUCAAAGUAAUAGAGGAAUAUCUUCGCGCCACAAAACAGUUCAGAAACUACAAUAAUCCAGAACAAGAUCCUGUAUUCUCUGAGGUCGUAGAAUUGAAUCUUGCUGAUGUAGUGACGUCAGUAAGCGGUCCUAAGAGACCACAAGACCGAGUCUCCGUAUCGGAGAUGAAGAAGGACUUCCAAAGCUGCUUAAUUAAUAAGGUUGGAUUCAAGGGGUAUGGGUUAUCAUCAGCUCAGUUGUCAUCGUCAGGCAGCUUCACGUACAGUGACGGACAGACAUACACGAUCACCCACGGCGCAGUGAUAAUAGCAGCCAUCACAUCGUGCACUAACACAUCCAAUCCUAGUGUUAUGCUGGGUGCAGGUCUUCUAGCGAAGAAAGCUGUCGAAAACGGACUAAGCGUGUUGCCUUACAUCAAGACAUCACUAUCACCAGGAUCUGGAGUCGUCACUUACUAUUUGAAGGAGUCCGGAGUCGUACCUUACCUUCAGAAGUUGGGAUUCGAUAUAGUCGGUUAUGGAUGUAUGACGUGUAUCGGAAACUCUGGACCUAUAGACGAUAACAUAGCCAACACCAUAGAAAAGAACGAGUUGGUAUGUUGUGGUGUACUAUCGGGCAAUCGUAACUUCGAGGGUCGCAUACAUCCGAACACGAGAGCUAAUUACCUCGCAUCUCCUCUACUGGUGAUAGCGUAUGCGCUCGCCGGCACUGUAGAUAUAGACUUUGAAACUACGCCUCUGGGUAAACGGGCCGAUGGCUCAUCAGUGUAUUUGCGUGACAUAUGGCCGACCAGACAAGAGAUACAGGAGGUUGAAAACAAACACGUCAUACCUGGAAUGUUUAAAGAGGUAUAUGAGAGAAUCGAACUCGGCUCCCCGUCGUGGCAAGCGCUGUCUGUACCACAGGGCAAGUUAUAUGGAUGGGACCCGAACUCUACCUACAUUAAGAAACCACCAUUCUUCGAUGGAAUGACCAGGGAUCUACCUCCUAUAAGAUCCAUAGAGAAUGCUCGUUGUCUACUUUUGCUCGGCGACUCUGUGACCACAGACCACAUAUCACCAGCUGGAUCAAUAGCUAGGAACUCGCCCGCUGCAAGAUUUUUAGCAUCCAAAGGGU